AUGAGUGACCAGCAGCUCCCUGCAUCUCCCCACCGCCCCACCACCGAGGAGGACGCCAACGUCUCAGCCUCUGGCUGCCCCGAGCGCUGGGUCGAGCCCCGGUUCACGCAAGCGGCGAGGGUCCGCGUGAUCGUCACGGCCGUCUUCUUCUUGCUGGCGGCAGGCAGCAACGCGGCGGUGCUCGGCAGCUUGCUGAAGAAGAGGAGGAAGUCCCAUGUGCGGCCACUGAUCCUCAGCCUGGCGCUGGCCGACCUGCUGGUGACGGUGGUGGUGAUGCCCCUGGACGCAGCGUGGAAUGUGACGGUGCAGUGGUACGGAGGAGAUGUCUCCUGCAAGCUCCUCAACUUCCUCAAGCUUUUUGCCAUGUAUGCAGCCGCCCUGGUGCUGGUGGUCAUCAGCCUGGACCGACACGCAGCCGUCCUCCAUCCCUUCUCCCGUGCUCGCCGCCGCAACGGGCUGCUGCUCCGUGCCGCCUGGGCUGGCAGCGUGCUCCUGGCUUCGCCCCCCCUUUUCCUCUUCCACCUGCACACAGUCCCAGGAGGGAACUUCACCCAGUGUGUUACUCACGGGAGCUUCCGAGCACACUGGGAGGAAACCGUCUACAACAUGUUCACCUUCACCACCCUCUACAUCACCCCCCUGAGUGUCAUGAUCGUUUGCUACAUCAGGAUCAUCUGGGAGAUCAGUAAGCAGCUAAAGAUCAAUAAAGGUUUGCUAAGAAAUCACAACAACCACAUCUCCAAGGCACGCAUGAAGACCCUCAAGAUGACCAUAGUGAUUGUUGCCACCUUCAUCAUCUGUUGGACCCCAUACUACCUCCUGGGCUUGUGGUACUGGUUCCAGCCAGCCAUGAUCCAGAAGAUGCCAGAGUACAUCAACCACAGCUUCUUUCUCUUUGGCUUGCUGCACACCUGCACCGACCCUGUUAUUUAUGGACUGUACACCCCCUCCUUUCGGGAGGACAUGCAGUUGUGUCUCAGGGGCAUCAAAACAGCCAUUACCAGGCACGAGAGACACAAACCCGUCCCAGUCUCAGAACUGGGAAGAGAAGAGAACAUCAAAGAUGGUGCUGUAAAUGGUGGGGUGACAUCAGGGGGUUCCAAUGGGACGACUGUGAACACUGUCUGCUGA